CUUGCUUGUUCUUAGACCCUUACACGUCUUUCUUUCUUUUCCUUAUAUUUACAAUAAUACACUCUACAUCAUGGAGAGCUCAUCCACGAUCGCUCCAAAGCUGCCGUGGUACCGCAGACUGGACCAGAGCAAGACUCUCCUCCUCGCCCUGGUCUCCAUGGCACAGAUGCUCGAUAUCAUCAAUGUUGCCAGUGUAACCAUCACUUUGCCAGACAUCAUGAGCCAGGUCGGAUACAAAGUCGACCAGCUGCAAUGGGUCACUUCCGCAUAUGCUCUGGCUUAUGGCGCCUUCCUUCUGAUCGGCGGUCGUUUAGGCGACCUGUUUGGUCACCGUCGCAUCUACAUUGCCGGAGUUACCUGGUUCUCGAUCUGGGCCGUCGUCAAUGGCUUCGCCAAAGACCCGAUCGUUAUGUCUGUCGGCCGUGCAUUGCAGGGCAUGGGCGCCGGAUUCACUGUACCAAGUGCAUUGGCCAUCUUGACUACUACUUAUCCUGUGGGACCUGAGCGCACAAAGGCCUUGGCUAUCUUUGGUGGCACGGGCGCAGUCGGAUCGGUUAUUGGGGUUCUCCUCGGCGGUAUCUUAGGCUCGACCAUUGGCUGGCGAUGGAUCUUUUAUAUCACUGCCAUUAUUGGGUUCAUAAUGACCUUCCUGGGUUUCGUUGUCAUUCCUGUCGAGCUGAGCCAGUCCAAGGCCACGGAUCGUCGCCUCGAUAUAAUUGGCAUCCUGUCCUUCACGCUCAGCAUUGUCGCCAUCAUAUACUACCUCAGUGAGGGUCCCUCUGCUGGCUGGGGCGUCGCCUCGACCCUAGCGCCCUUUAUCGUCGGUCUCGCGCUUUUGGUCGUCUUUAUUGUGGUUGAAACUAGGAUCAGCUACCCCAUCAUGCCCUUCCGUAUCUGGCGAUCGCGUCGUCUGAUUGCAUCCUGUGUUAUCAUCAUCUGCGUCUCUGCGUCCAUGAACGCCAUGAUCUUUUUCUCGUCCUUGGUCCUCCAGAACGUACUCGGCUACACCGCCCUGAAUACUUCUUUCGCUUACAUUGUCCAUGGUGUCGGUGCUAUCGCUGCCAUCAUUGCACUCACCAGGCUGGUGACUAUGGUCAGAACAAAGGUUAUUAUGAUAAUCGGCUGGUUCUUCUUGAUCGCCUCGGGUGUCCUUUGGGCCCAGAUCAAGGUCGACUCUUCGUAUUGGUCCAUCCCCUUUCCUUCCUUGAUCCUGAACUUCUUGGGUAUGGCCCCUAUCUGGCUCUGCUGCCAGAUCAACUCUGUCGCUGAUGCCAACGAUGAAGACCAGGGCGUUGUCGGCGCUGUGUACAAUGUCUCCCUUCAACUUGGCGCUCCCAUCGGUGUUGCUAUCUCCAACAUCAUCGCCAACGGCCGUAACCCCGCCACUGCUAUGGGGGCUGAACUCCUCCCUGGCUACCAAGCUGCGUUUUACACUGUCGCUGUUAUCGGAGGCAUAGGUCUCGUAUUUACUAUCCUCUUGGCGGCCAACAGCGAUCCCGCCAAGAUGUCCGAGCAGCCUGAGUCGUCCAUGGAGGACCUCAACAUUGAGCGUGGCAGUGAGAAUGUGGGUCAGCCGGGCCAGAUGGAUACCGCCCACAACAGCGAGAUCUUCGAGGUCAAGGACGGCAAGAGCCAAAUCUUGGAUGUCUCUGACGAAAAGACCGUCGCAUGAUUGCAUACGCUUUCCUGUAAUAUCAGCACAUAGGCUAGCUAUCACCAUUCCUAUCCAUUGUAACAAUAUCCACUAAUAUACAAAGUCGUCCAUGACAGCAUAAAGAUCAAGGAUUUUACUAUUA